AUAUAUAUUUGACACUAACUGAGCUUCUUUAUAAGAAUGAUUCAAGUUUUUCACUAUUCAGUGUUUAUUAUUUACAAUAUAUUGAUCAGUUUAGUUAUGAUUGAAACAAGAAAAUAUAAAAUUUAUUGGAAUGUUCCAACAUUUAUGUGUCAUAGGUAUGGAAUGAAAUUUGAAGAGGUUUCAAAGGUAUAUGACAUGGUUCAAAAUAUCAAUGAUACGUUUAAUGGAAAUGAAAUAUCAAUACUUUACCAUGCUGGAUAUUUUCCGGCUUAUGAAAUACAUGAUAAUAAUUCAACACUAAUACUUAAUAACAUAAUUCCACAAAAAGGUAAUCUCCAAAAGCAUUUGAAUCAAUUACAAAUAGACUUGAAUGGAAAUGUGACAGAUCCUAACUUUUCUGGAAUUGGUGUUCUUGAUUAUGAACGUUGGAGACCAGUUUUUCGGCAAAAUUUCAACAAGAAUAAUCGUCUGUAUCGAGACUACUCAAUAACCUUAGAAAGACAUGAAUUUAAUAUUCUAAGUUAUAAUCAGGCUAGAACACUUGCUGCUCUAGCAUUCAAUUACAGUGCUCAAAUAUUUUUUGAAGAAACAAUAAAACUUGUUAAAAAAAAUAGACCUCAUGCAACCUGGGGAUUUUAUGAUUACCCUAAGUGUUUUUAUUUAACUCCCAAAGAGUCGACAACUCCAUGUGGAGAAGCUCAUGAAGAGAAUGACAAGAUGAAAUGGCUUUGGGACCUGUCUGACAUAUUGUUACCUUCAAUUUAUGCAGCGAAAAACUAUAAAAAAGGAGAAACAUUAGUAGGAGCUAUUAACAGAAGAUUGACUGAAACUUAUAGAAUAGCGAAUAAAUAUAAUCCACCAAAAAGAGUACUACCCUAUUUGCGGUAUCGUUACAGAGAUGACUGGGGUCUGUUUGUAGUACAAGAGGACUAUGUGACUGUGUUCAGAGAACUUGAUCGGUACAACAUUGAUGGACUGGUGAUAUGGGGUAGUUAUGAUGAUGUCAAUACUCAUCAAAAAUGUAUUAAUCUUUUCAAUCAUUUAAAAGAUAUUCUUGGACCGAUAAUAAAUGCAAUAAAAUAAUAAGUAUUAUAGAAAUACCAUCAG